AUCAUUAAUUUCAUCAAAUCCCACAUACGUUUCGUUGAUCAGCAAUUUGUUAGCCCUCAAUAAUUCUUUGUAGAGAUUUUCAUAUCUUUGAUUUAGGCUAGGCUAAAAUGACCGUCACAGCUCUGCCUGUGAUCAAGAAUGGCUGUCUUAUGGUCAACGGCAAGGUUGUCCUAACCCGGGUUCCGGACAACGUUGUCGUCACCCGAGCCGGCUCGGCCGGAUCGGCAUUUAUCGGAGCCAGUUCGGCCGAGUCGAGUUCGCGCCAUGUCUUUACCCUUGGAACUCUAGAAAAUUGCAAAUUUAUGUGUCUCUUCAUAGCUAAAAUUUGGUGGAUGAUCCCGCGAGUCGGGACAUCCGCUAGGGAAAUCCCAAUGGAGACUCAAAUGCUACUAUUGGAGGCACAAGAAGAGUCGGCCUUCGACUUAUCAGAUAAUUCGGACAAUGAUCUUGAAGACAAUAACAAGUCUUACAUCCUAGUAUUGCCCGUCUUGGAUGGAUCCUUUCGGACAACUCUCCAAGGGACUAAAUCGAACGAGCUCCAAUUUUGCUACGAAAGUGGCGAUCGCAAUGUUAGAACAUCAAUGGCUAUGGAGGGAGUUUUCGUGAACUCGGGAGACAACCCUUUCGAGCUCCUUAAGGAUUCGAUUAAGAUAUUGGCUACACUAAAGGGCACCUUUAGUCACUUGGACAACAAAAAGAUUCCAGGUCAUUUAGAUUGGUUUGGUUGGUGCACUUGGGAUGCUUUCUACACACAAGUUACUCCAGCUGGAAUCGAAGAGGGCCUUCAAAGCUUCAAAGAAGGCGGGAUUUCUCCGAAAUUUCUCAUAAUAGACGAUGGAUGGCAAGAAACGUCGAACGAGUUCGAGAAGGAAGGCGAGCCGAUGAUAGAAGGAACACAAUUCGCCACUAGAUUAACGGGCAUCAAGGAAAACAACAAGUUCAAAAACACAGUCGACACAAAUGGCUCGACGGAAAACCUCAAAGGGCUUAUCCAUCACAUCAAAGAGAAUUACGGGUUAAAAUAUGUUUACAUGUGGCACGCUCUGGCUGGUUACUGGGGAGGCGUACAAGCCUCCUCCGAUGCGCUAAAAAAAUACAACCCGACGCUUUCCUAUCCCGUGCUAUCCGACGGGAAUGUCGGGAACAUUAGGGACAUUGCCCUCGAUAGCUUGGAGAAGUACGGCGUCGGAGUCGUGGAUCCGGAGAAAGUGCGCGAUUUUUACAACGAUAUGCAUAGUUAUCUCGCGAGUUGUGGCGCGGAUGGUGUUAAGGUCGAUGUUCAAAACUUGCUUGGAACGUUGGGAGAGGGACAUGGUGGUCGAGUGUCAGUUACCAGAAAGUACCACGAAGCUCUCGACGAGUCCGUGGAGAAGAACUUUGUCGAUAAUAACUUGAUAUGUUGCAUGUGCCAUAAUUCCGACUCUAUUUUCAAUUCGAAGAAGAGUGCAACUGCAAGGGCGUCGGAGGAUUUCAUGCCGAAUGAGCCUACGUUCCAAACGUUGCACAUUGCGUCCGUGUCGUAUAAUAGUCUUCUCCUCGGCGAGGUUUUCGUGCCGGAUUGGGAUAUGUUCCAUAGCGACCACAACACGGCCGGGUUCCAUGGCGCGGCUAGAGCAAUAGGCGGUUGUCCGGUCUACGUAAGCGAUAAGCCCGGAAAGCAAGAUUUCAAGAUCCUAAGAAAGCUCGUUCUACCCGAUGGAUCCGUCUUGAGAGCAAGACACGCCGGCCGUCCUACGCGCGAUUGUUUGUUCAUCGAUCCGGUCAUGGAUGGAAAGAGCUUGCUCAAGAUAUGGAAUUUGAAUAAGAUAACCGGAGUAGUCGGUGUAUUCAAUUGCCAAGGCGCGGGAGCUUGGCCAAUGAAACAAGCUAGAAGCGACAUGCCGGAAACCACUUCCAUCUCCGGACAUGUAAAGCCUCUCGACGUCGAGUUUCUUGAGGAAAUCGCCGGCGAAACAUGGACCGACGAUUGCGCCGUCUAUGCAUUCAACUCAGGUAGCCUUUCGAGAGUACGGAAGAACAAAAGCAUCAAAGUUUCAUUAAAUGUGUUACAAUGCGAAGUAUUUACUGUCUCGCCUAUAAAGACAUUCAAUCAAAGUAUCGAAUUCGCGCCAAUUGGACUAAUUCACAUGUACAACUCGGGAGGUGCAAUCGAGAAUUGCGCAUUCGAAGAGAAUCGGGUGUCGAUAAAAGCACGAGGGUAUGGUGUGUUUGGAGCAUAUUCUAACAUGAAGCCAAGUUGUUGCAAAGUAGACAACAAAAAUGAGGAUUUUACUUACGAUUUUGAGAAUGGAUUCCUGACAAUGAAUCUUGAAGGGGAGUGUGGUUUGAAAGAGAUUGAGGUUUUGUAUUAGGACACUUAGGCCAUACCAAAUAUUGUAUUCAUUUAUUUAUUUUUCGGGUUUGGAUUGAGAGUUGUCAUAAUUCAAUGUAUCGAAUGAAUGUAGUUUUAUAUUUAUGUUGUCGGAAAUGAAUUUUUUUUUUUUUAAUUUUA